GUUCCUCUUUAGAUCUAAUCGUUGGUUACUUUACUAAAUUAAUUAUCCGUGUAACUUAUACUACCUUCAAACAUUACAUAAUUGCAAUUUAUGUGUUCUUGGCUGAGCCGGGCAGCUGCUGACUGAAGAAGCCUCUAUGUUUUGGUCAGGUCAGGUUUAGUUUUGUACCUCCCUCUGAUGGGAACUAUCAAGCCUUUAAAGAUCUAGCUGAGAGCAGUCAGGUAAAACAAAUAUAUACACUGUAACUUACACGUACAACAUGAAUUUCAACACCUAUAUGCUUGAUAGACAUGUUAUUUUUAAGCGUCUAGAAAGGUGGUAUGUGAAAUUGAAACUUUAGACAGCGUUGAUAUUUUAUAUGCACUCUCUCUAUCGCUCUGUUAAACACUUUUUCAUUUGCAAUAUUAUUUUUCAAGAGUUUUCAACAUGAUUGAUGUCCUGUAGUUCAGCUAGUGUUUAUUCACAAUUACAUGCUUGAUUUGAUAAGAAAAGAUCCAAUCCAGCCAUCGAUUAAAUAACAUUAGAGGAGUACCCACAUCCAAAUUCUUACCUCCAGAGGUCGCUGCAUUCUCAGAGUACCAUGACCCACAACGGUCCAAAUGAAUUCUUUAAGUGAAUGCAAUUUCAACAGUUUCAAAGUUUUAUCUCUCGCAUCAGACCUUUUCUCUUAUCGGAGCACUCAUUUCCCCAGCAUCCGUUUCAGGCGAUGACAUUUCAGGCCCCUCCCGUAACGCUCAUCUUUAAUGUACUAACCUACUGACCUCCAGCAUCUUUGCCGACUCACUCAAAAUGAUUCUUGCGGAGUGAUGGUUGGAUGUGUGUGCAUAAGAGUGUGUGCAUGGUGUUGUGGGUACAUGAAAACAAAAGGCUAUUGGUCAGUUGUUGAAAAGUUUAGCAGCCAGAUCCCUCCCUGUUAAAUAUAUAAAUGAGCACCCCUUUACAAAAUUAUUGAUUCCUGAUCUGAGAUCUCAGAGGUACUUUUGCUUGAAAAAUGGGUAACAUGGCAACAGAGAUCGUGGCUUUCCUACUGACCAUAUCCGGCUGGAUUCUCAUCUCUUCCACGCUCCCAACUGACUACUGGAAGGUGUCAUCGGUGGAUGGGACGGUCAUAACAACAGCAACCUUUUGGUCCAAUCUCUGGAAGACGUGCGUUACGGAUUCCACCGGAGUUUCCAACUGCAAGGACUUUCCAUCUAUGCUAGCACUGGAUGCUUAUAUCCAGGUGUGUCGAGGACUGAUGAUCUCAGCCGUGUGUCUGGGAUUCUUUGGAGCUAUUCUGGCUCUUGUCGGAAUGAAGUGCACUAAAAUCGGGGGCUCGGAGACCACCAAAGCCAGGAUCACCUGUCUAUGUGGACUACACUUCAUUCUCAGUGGAAUCUGCUCUAUGGCCGCCUGUUCUCUGUAUGCACACAGGAUAACAUCUGAGUUUUUCGACCCAUUAUUUUUCAAACAGAAAUUUGAACUUGGUGCGGCCCUGUUCAUCGGCUGGGCCGGAUCUGUUCUCAGUAUUCUUGGAGGCUUUGUCUUUUGCUAUUCCGUGACAGAGGGAUUCAGCAUCAGGGAGUACUCCUAUAAUGGUGCGACCUCUAUCAUAUCAGCACAAAACAAGGUCACCAAGAUUACCAAGACCUCUGAAGUUCCUCAGACACUCCCUUCGGACCGGACAGGAUCAUCCGGCAGACAGUUUGGGAGGAAUGCAUACGUCUGAUUGGACCUUUCAGUAUAAACU